GUUUCCUAACACAAGCCGCACCUAGCUUCCUGUCGCGGGAAGUUCCUGCGAAAGGCUUCGCAGGCAAUCCGCGUCGGCACUCUCUCUGGGGGAAUGAAAUUCCAUCUCCCAGGCAAUUAAUUCAUUCAAACAAGAAAAGGAAACCGCGAAUGGACGACGAGCUGGAGAUCCUCAUCUCCCUGCAACAGCAGGAACUCAUGGCCGCAAAAACCCUGGAAUCCGAUCUUGAUUUCGCUUUCCGAAUCCAGAUGCAGGAAGCCAUGGAUGUUUCUCUCCUCCACCAUCAAAACCCUUCUUCCUCUUCCUCAACCCUUCUCUUCCCGUUGGAAGAAGAAGAACGCAACGGACACGUCUCCGACCUCAUGAAGCUCCAGAACCUGGAGCUCGAAAGAUUCCAGCAAGAGCGCAAAGACCAGGAACUCUGCGAGGCCGAGAUGCGCCGCAUCUCUUUCGAUAUCAAGCGCCGCAUCCACGACGCCAGCUUCGCACGAGAGAUCCGCGACAUGGCCGACGAUGAGUGGGAGGAGUACGGGGAUCACUUUGAGAAGCCAAUUCACCUGGGCUGCUCUUCCUCUUCCUCCACCACUGCGGACCCACCCACGAUCCAAGAGCCAUUCAAGCUGUACUUUAAGGGGCUGAUCAGCACGGAGCCUGUGAAAGGCCGGCUCGUUACCCUGUCGGCGAUCGGGAUUGCUGUCUGCGACCCGCUCAACAAUCUGGUCCUCAAGAUACAGAAGCCCCUCAUCGGGGCUGGGAUGUCGCGUGGGGUCGUGGAGACCAAGGCGUUGAUCGAAGGGCUGAAUGCUGUUCUUUCUUUGGACAUAAAGAAUGUUGAUGUUUUCUGUGAUUAUGUGCCACUGUUCCAUCAAGUUACUGGAAAAUGGGCUGCAAAGCAGCGUAAGAUUGCAAAUUUACUCAGUCAGAUUCAUCCUCUACGAAGAAAAUUUGAGAGAUGUCAUAUGUCUUUGUUGCCACGAUGCCAAUGUAAAUUUGUAUUCAGACUAGCAAAGGAUGCAAUAGAUUCUCAGAUUAUGAAGACCACAGAACCUAGUGGUAAUGCCAAUUCGAAGGAAACUUGCAGCAUCUGUUUGGAAGAUACUGAUGCUUCUCAAAUAUUCAUUGUUGAUGGUUGUUUGCACCGAUACUGCUUCACUUGUAUGAAACAACAUGUGGAAGUUAAGUUACUUCAUGGAUUGUUGCCUGGGUGUCCCCAUGAUGGCUGCAACACAAAACUUGUUGCAGACAGUUCCAGGAAAUUUUUACCUCCUAGGUUGGUUGAGAUUAUGACCCAGCGUCUGAAGGAGGCGUCAAUUCCUGAAGCAGAUAGACUUUAUUGCCCGUACCCGAAGUGCUCAGCAUUAAUGUCAAGAAGUGAGAUGAUGCUUCCCCCUGAAGAAUCGUCUUCUAUCUAUCGCGCUAACGAUUCAUCUGGUUACAGGAAGUGCAUCAAAUGCAAUGGCUCUUUCUGUCUCAAUUGCAAGGUCCCAUGGCAUACUGACAUGUCUUGCCAUGAAUACAAAAGGUUUAAUCCACAUCCUCGUGCAGAAGAUGCAAAGUUACAGUCCUUGGCUAGACAAAAGUUGUGGCGCCAGUGUAUCAAGUGCAACCAUAUGAUUGAACUGGCUGAAGGUUGCUUCCAUAUGACCUGCAGGUGCGGUUACGAGUUCUGCUACACAUGUGGAGCUGAAUGGAAAAACAAGAAAGCAAUGUGUUCCUGCCCACUCUGGGAUGAGGAAAAUAUUUGGCACGAUGAUGACGAUGAAUCGUUAGAUGAUUUUGAUGACAAUGAUGAAGAAGAUGAGGAAGACUAUGAGUCUGAUUGGGAGUAUGACUAUUAUCGAAGGAGGUAUUAAAAUCACUUAUAUACUUCCCUUUCUAAAUAAGCACUUAUGGAGCUUUUCAGUAGACCCCAUAUGUUAGAACAUCACUCCUGCAGUUUGCACAGCGGAAGUUACAAGCUUUUAUUUUAUUUUUUUUAUUUACUUUUUUGGGGGCCCUUACAUCCAAAAGAAAAAAGGGAAAAAAAAAAAAAAAAGCUUUUUGAAUUUCCCAUCGCUCAAUAUUUUUGUUGGCUUUUAUGGGUGGGAACCCCAGCAAGAAAUGCAAACUAUCACAAAACAACAUUCACAUGCA